GAAGAAACGACGUCGUUUGAUUCGGGGUUUUCCUUUUUUAAACCCCGACUGCAAAAACGACGUCAUUUGGGAUCAGGGGGUUUAAAUGAGUGCUGCUGGAACACUCUCUCCCUCCCUGCACUCCCGGUUGUCUCCCUUAGGCCUUUGAAUGAGAACAAGUUCCGGUGCCAAAGGGAAGCAAAGUCACCUCCUCUACUACGGGAUCUUGUGGAGCUUCCGUUUUGAUCUUCUCUCUCCCGUUUCCAGUUGGCUUCAAUCGUGGAUUAAUCAUUCAAUUGCGAUGGCUUGCUGACGGAGGAGGUUGGCAUGGAGCUGGCCGCGGCGGAGGAUGGGGCGGAUAUUCAUGGUAGAUCUAGAAGGCCGAACGUACGGCUGCAAGUUUCGCAAAACCCACCUGGCCGUUGCUGAUGGUCUUGUCUCUAGGGUACUAUCUCUGGCUAAUCUUAAUUUCCCUUUUGCUUCUAGAACUAGGUUUUGUUUUUCACGCGCGAUAAAGUUGAUUUUUGUGUUCCAUACAGCAAAUACAAGCUAAUUUGUUUUUAGCUCUGAGUACUCUUUUGAAGUAAUUUUAAUUGAAGAGCCUGUUGCAUUGUGUUUUUUCAUUUGGUGGGUGUUUUGAUGUUUGAUGUUUUCUCCCCAGAUGUUUUCAGUUUUGAUAGAAAAAAAAGUAACUUCUUUUGACUAACAAGUUCAAAGUUGAGAACAUUUUGUUGUUCUUGCUAAUUUUCCCUUUUGAAAUUUUUGUUCAGACUGAGGUUUGUUAUAAGGGGUUUUAGCUUAUCUUAGGUUCAGGAAUCAGGAGGUACCUAAAGAAUGGGAGAAGGGUCUUUGGUUUUUUUUUUUUUUUUUUUUCGUUUUGCAUUUCUAAUGAAACUGCAAAUCUGAAGAUCCCCUUAUGGUAAUUAACCAAUUGAUGACUUUUCUUGAAGCAGUACUCUUCAUUAAUCAAUUCUAGAUUAUAGCUCUCAAGAGCUUUUUAUUUUCUUUUAAAAAUGAACUGGUAGUUUUAUAAAUUCUCUCUUGAUGAUCAUUUCAAUAGAAUUUGAUAAACACUAGAAGUAGUCCAUGCAAAAGUUCUGCUAGGAAAUCCCCUGUUAAGGCUGACACUGAUGUGCCCACAACAACAAUGGAUGGUUCCUAUGAUUCUAAAAAGUUAAGGUUAAAGGACAAUAAAGCUGAAACCAACGAUUCAAGCAAACUGGAAAUGCUGAGGGAACACCAGGAUUUAAUACAGCAGUUGAAGUUGGAACUCGGAAAAGUAGAGCUACGGGUCUAUCCACUAUCUUAGAGGAAUAUGAGGAUUUGCCCAGGAUUUCUGAUGAGCUGAAACCAUGGAAGAUUGAUGAAAGGUUCCAUCGUAAAGAAUGCAACAGUGAACUUCACAAAUUCUACAAGAGUUACAGAGAAACGAUGAAGAAAUUUGACAUCUUCAAUUACAAAAGAUGUAUUUAGUAGGCCAGUUUUCAUAUUCACUUCAAUGACGGUACAAAUUAUUAUGGUCACAAUUGAGUUUUUUUGGCAUUCAUUUCUCCUCCUUUUGGUUGGGUCCUCUGUCAUAGUUGCCCAUUAUUAUUAUCAUCAUAAAACCACUGGUCUAAGCCAAUGAGUGACUUAUGGACAUUAAAAACCAACGUAAUGAGGAGCUAUUGUUAUUCAUAAUUACAAUUGCGACCUACAAAAUCUGGUUUCGUGGGUCUGCCUAACAACACAAAAACAUAAGAGUCUUGCUCAACUUAAUGCAUUUUAGUGAUGAGAGCUCACUGACAGAGAAGGCUAAUGAUUGUCUGUUUUGUGCUUUAUAGUUUCAUUGAUUUAAUACAUGGCUACUAAAACACUUGUUUCAUCAUAGUAGUAGUAGUUGUCUACAGUUGAAAAGUUACAAUUUAUGUUUACUAUGCAACCACCAGUUGAAGAAACAGGCAAUCAACAUCUCACUUUUGCAUGAGUUUCCUUGAAAUGCAGGAGAAGAAGCCAAAAGACAUAGAAGUGGAAAUUGCAUACAGAGGAAAUUUUGACAGUGUCAGAAAGAUGAUGUGGAUCAAGUGCUUUGCUUCUUCUCACAAGUAGAUAUGAAGUAGACCUCCACUGAUGUUGAAGUCCAACGUAGCUGAGCUUCAAGCAAAGAAAGAAGCUGGCUUUUCGCAGUACAAGCUGAGCUUGGUGAAAUAAUCAGAACUGGUGUCGCAAGUUUUGCAUAUCCAGGAGGAUUCCCAAGGACUUGCUGAACAAGCAAGCCCAGCUGAAGCUGAUGCUCAAUCUCUGAAGAAAAACUUGGCUUAUUGGAGCAGCAAAUGAGGCUAACCAUCAUGCUCAGAGGCUUUCUCUAUCUCUAUCAAACUGCACCAUAGUUUUGCCUGUUGUCGAAAGGCAAACAACACUGAAUUCAACUCUAAUCAUUGACAAUACAGGCGAUAGUUACUCUUUUGGUGGAAUUAUUUUUCCUUCAUCUUCACCAUCAACAAUUCCAAAAAUAUGAGGCCUGCCCAAUUGCUUCUGGAUGAAGUAGUCAAGGUGGGAAUCAAGGCCAUUGAUUUUAGCAAUGAGAAAUACGGCAGAGAUUAUCACGCAGCAGCAGAAGAGGUUACUUAAACUUCGAUCCGAAUUGAACAUGGAGUUGUUUAACAUUGAGUUCUUCACCGUUAAAUGAGAAUUGCCUGCUAAGAUAUUAAAGCUCAUUGCAUUAUUAGAGGAGGGGAAAACAAGUUAUGAGCAAUACUACAAUCAUCUAUGCACAUCCUGGUUUUGGUUCAUGUCAGGCUAAGGAGCUUUCAGAUCACCUCGAAAGUGUUCUUGCUAAAUGAACCAGUUUCCGUCAAGAGUGGCCUGGACAUUGUGGAAGUUGAACCUCAGGGUGUUAACAAAAGGCCUAAUAGUCGACCGCCUUCUGGAGACAAUGCAGCAAAAGGAAAUACUUCUAUAUUUUGUUCUUUUUAUUGGAAAUGAUCGAUUAGGUGAGCACAUAUUUGAAGUGAUAAUGAGUGCAGCAUCCAACGCAUCCCUCACUCCAGUUGCUGAAGUUUUUGCUUGUCCAGUUGGCCAGAAACCAAGUAAAGUAGAGGAUACUGCUAAGAUUUUGAGAAUGAUGCAGUGUCUUGCCGCAGCUUCAGAGCAAUCAACUAAUAGCGAGCCCCACAUCUAUAUCGAAUUGGGUUGUGCAGGUAGAUUACUGUAGACAUCGUUUAGGUUUCUCUCAAUGAGGAUUGAGGCUUUAGAAAGUCUUGAGUUUCAGUUGCAAUUGCCACAAUUAUAGUCAUAUUUGAGAAGUCUGUGAAGCUGAGAAGAACAAGCAACAACUUCUAUUCUGAAAUUAGAAGUUGAUUCUGACUGGAAGAAGGCAAAUACAAGCUUGGAAGUUGCAUCAAUGGAACUGAAAGUGCAGGUCUCUUGAAGAAAUCUGUCGGCCAGAUAUGCUUUCAUAAUCAGUCUUUGGGAAAUGUAGAAGAAGACGGCCUCCUGGAUUGUAGAAGAUGCACUCUUCAAUUACUUCAUAUUCACUUGAAAAUAUAUUUGGUUAAUAUUUCGUUUGUAUCUCAUUUUUUUAACAAUUCAGAUUGUACAACAUUUCUCCUAUUGAUGUUUGUUUAAAUUUAGCCAUGAUUUACCAUUAGAAUCACUGAUACCUUUCAAUCGCUAAUAGUUAAAUAUACACUAACU